ACGCUUUUACUCCAGGUAAAAAUAUAAUUUUUAAAAAUAUAAAUGAAGCUCAGGCCACUAAAAGAUUAAAUUUCAAACCUCGGCUUGGACUCCUAUAUAACGGCCCUCUGCUCCACUUUCCCUCCUCGUCUCUCACUGUUCAGAUCAAUUUUCUUUCGUGGAAGAUCUCUUUUAUGAAAAUGAGCAUGGCGGCCUCCGAAGUGGACUCUGCCUUCUUCCUGUACUUCCUGUCUAUGGAGGUUCUCUCGCCGGUGCUCCUGGUUGCCUUGUUAUCUUUCGCUGUACUUUUCCUCUUUCCCGGGGGCGUUGCUUGGUUGCUCUCUCCUGGACGCCACUCGAUACCUGCUCCUCCGGGCGUCGUCACAGCACUAUCCAGCUCGGCUGCUCACAGAGCUCUGGCGAACCUGGCAAAGUCCUUAAGAGCUACCCAGUUGAUGGCCUUCUCUGUUGGCAUCACCCGCUUCAUCGUAUCGAGCCAUCCUGACACUGCAAAGGAGAUUCUUAACAGCUCUGCUUUUGCUGACCGUCCCAUCAAAGAAUCUGCAUACGAGCUUCUCUUCCAUCGCGCUAUGGGGUUUGCACCCUUUGGCGAGUAUUGGAGGAAUUUGAGAAGGAUUUCAGCAACUUAUCUUUUUAGUCCGAAGAGAAUAUCCUCCUUUGGGAGGCAGAGGAUGGAUAUUGGAGAGUCUAUGGUGUGGGAGAUGAGAGAUUUGAUGGGGAGAAAUGGGUUGGUGGAGGUCAAGAGGGUGUUACAUUUUGGGUCUCUGAACAACGUUAUGACGAGCGUUUUUGGAAAAAGAUACAAUUUUGCAACGGGAGAUGGUGCGGAGCUGGAGGGGUUGGUGAAGGAGGGUUAUGAAUUGCUUGGAAUGUUUAACUGGAGUGAUCACUUGCCUUUCUUUUGUUGGUUGGACCUUCAAGGAGUGAGGAGGAGGUGCCGGAAGCUGGUGUCUAGGGUGAAUGUGUUUGUGAGUGAAAUCAUAGAGGAGCACGAGCUUGAUGGUGGUGGAGUAGGCGAGGCUGAUCAAGCUGGGAACUUUGUCGACGUGCUUCUUGAUUUGGAGCAGGAGGAGAAGCUUUCAGAUUCUGAUAUGAUAGCUGUCCUCUGGGAGAUGAUAUUCAGAGGAACUGAUACUGUAGCAAUCCUGCUGGAAUGGAUUAUGGCCAGAAUGGUUCUUCACCCGCACAUCCAAGGCAAGGCUCAAGCUGAAAUCCAUGAUAUUACGGCUGGCAACUCAAGACCAGUGUGUGAUUCGGACACGAAGAACCUUCCGUAUCUCCAGGCCAUAGUGAAAGAAUCUCUUCGAAUGCAUCCACCGGGCCCUCUCCUGUCCUGGGCUCGCCUCUCAACCCAUGAUGUUCAGGUCGGAGAUCACUUAAUCCCAGCAGGAACGACUGCCAUGGUGAACAUGUGGGCGAUAACUCAUGACAAAAACAUUUGGGCUGAGCCUGACGAAUUCAAACCCGAGCGAUUCAUUGACGAAGAUGUCAACAUCAUGGGUUCUGAUCUGCGGCUGGCGCCCUUUGGUUCAGGGAGGAGAGUUUGUCCUGGGAAAGCGAUGGCCUUAGCUACAGUGCAUCUCUGGUUAGCUCAACUUCUGCAAAAUUUCACAUGGGUGCCUUUAGAGAACAGUGCUGUGGACUUGUCUGAAUGUCUGAAGAUGUCACUUGAGAUGAAAAAUCCUCUGGUGUGCAGGGUUAUACCAAGGUUCUGAAGGCCAAAGCAAAUCUGGCGAUAAUGGUAGUUUUUUUCCUUCUUUUCUUGAAAUUUGGGUGGGGUUGUUUUUAAGUAUAGGGACAUGUGUCUUAUGGAGACUUUGGGCGAUCUCCAUAAUUUUGCCACUUAGUUUUAUGCAGUGCCCUCCUAUCUCUGGUUUUUAUUAUUACUAUUUGUCUUUCUUUGUGAGGGAAGGUUGGUCGUCAUCUAAGUCUGGUAUUUUCAUACCUGUAUAUGAGCAGGUGAAUGUCAAGUUUGUGAUGUAGCUUUGUUAAUUAUACUAUGUACAAGUUAUUUUUAGUAUGAUGCAGUGAUUGUGCUGAAGCUAUAUUGAUUGGAAA